UUUUUUAAGUCAAGUCACCUUUAUUUACAUAAAGUUAUUUAAAGCUUUUUAAAUGCAGAUUGUGUCAAAGCAGCUUUACAGUGAUAACUGGUAAAUAAUUUUGGCUGCACAGCAGCUCUAGAAGAAAAUGGUGUCAUUGUCCAGCUUAAGUAAGUUCAGUAUUGAUUCAUUGCGUUGUAAACAUCAACAGUUAUUAAUUUAGGUAAUUUAUCUAUAUAUAAGCACUGGAGAAAACAUUGAUGUCAUCGUCCAGCUCAGUUCAGUUUGCAUACAAUGGUGUCAAUUCAGGCAGAUCAAAAACAUUGUUAAAUAUGAAGUGUCCUCAACUAAGCAAGCCAAAGGCGACAGCAGCAAGGAACCCAAACUCCAACAGGUGACAUCAGGUGACCAACAGGCAAGAAAAAUGGGAGAAACCAGGCUCAGUCGGGGGGCCAGUUCUCCUCUGGCCAACAACGAACAGUGCAUGAUUAUGAUUCAGGCAGCGUUACAGGUCAUAAGUCUGAUUGGGAUUGCAAGAGUCAAAAUAUUUAAUCCAGUUCCAUCUAGUUGAAGAUCUGAUUCAUCACGCCAAUAUUUGCUGUUGUGUCGAUGAGGCCUUCACAGGAAAUGGUCUAGUUGACCCAAUCUCUGUUGACACUUCAGGGAUGUGUUGUGGUCGUGUCUAGGCUCAGGUCAUCCAUCUGAUCUGGAUACGGCCCGGAUCUGACUUACUACGGUAGACCUCGGGAUAAACAGAGAGACUAUUAUUAGCGUAGAUGCCAUUCUUCUUCUUAUGUAACGAGUACAUCUGGUGUUAUAGGAAGUGUUCCUGGCUCCGGCUGACCUAAUUUAUGCAGCCUAACAAUCCUUUAAUAGAUGUGAAAACAUAAAUUGAUAAUGUGUUAUGUGUAUGCCAGGUUAAAGAGAUGCAUUUUUAGUUUAUAGGAGAAGGACCUACCGCCUGCAGUUGAUUUUGAUAUUCUAGGUAUUAACAACUGGCCAGAAUUCUGACAUCGCAAUAAUGUAACUGUAAUGCGUUAAGAGCUCGCUCAGAUACUGGGGAGCUAAACUAUUUAGUGCUUUGUAAGUAAUUAGCAAGAUUUUGAAAUCUAUAUGAUGUUUAACAGGAAGCCAAUGCAGUGUUGACAGAACCGGGCUAAUAUGGUCAUACUUCCUGGUUCUAGUAAGAACUCUAGCUGCUGCGUUUUGGACCAGCUGGAGUUUGUUUAUCAAGCGAGCAGGGCAACCACCCAGUAGAGCGUUACAUUAUCUAGGUCAUGAACGCAUGAACUAACUGUUUCACAUUUGUCAUUGAGAGCAUAUGUCGUAGUUUAGAUAUAUUUUUAAGAUGGAGGAUUGCGGUUUUACAAAUGCUAGAAAUGUGGCUUUCAAAUGAAAGAUUGGUAUCAAGGGUCCUAACUGACGACGAAGACUUACACCGUGUCCUAACCAGACGCGACGAGCAAUUUGACUGUCCACACUAGACGCAACGCGAAAAUGAGAAGCGAUAAAAUCAAUCAAAAACCACAGCCAAUCAGAAGAGAGUGUGGGUGGGCUCUCUCGGCAAGAGCACAGCAGACACAAUGAAAUGGGCAAGUACAUAGUAAAAUUCAUAAAUAUUACACAAUUUAAACAUUAAUUAAAGUACAUACUGAGUGACUGAACCAAUCUUUGUUAUAGAAUACACUUGUUUGUUCUUCUUGUGCCCAUUUAUUUAUUUUCAAGAUCUGAGGUGAAUUAGCCAGUGUUGUUUUCAUUACAGCUAAAAAGCUGGAACACAGAAUGAUAUUCAAACUCACAUUAGACGCUUUUAACAUUAAAUGAAGCACAUAAACAGUACCUGAUAUUAUCAUUGCCAUACUUUGUGUUGCUGUUUCAGCCGCGACGUCGCGAAGAAAUAGAAACCGUUUCUGAAAUAGAAUAUUCGCGUGUCGCCGUCGCGGCUGGUUAGGACAAAAACUCUGAUUAACAUGGAAAAGAACCUUUUAUCGCGUGUCGCGGCGCGGCGUCGCGUCGUAUCAUCAGCGUAACAGUGAAAAGAAUAGCACAGUCCGCACAACUGUAACGAUAAUGACACAGAGAAACAAUACCGUUCGAAUCACUUUCAGAACGAUUUUUUUCCAGCUGAUGAAGGACAAAAACAAUGAUAGCCAAUCAGAAUCCACCCUGCUUUAAAGCGCGCGAACAUUUAAAGCGGCAGACAACAAGCUGGUGUGGAUGCUAAUGUAGGCUAGUUAUCGUUCUUGGUGUAAACGUGGUUAAAGUGAAAAAAAAAUUGUAAGAGCAGACACUGAGAAAAAUAAACAAUGACUCCUAUGUACAGUAUCUUUCUUGAUUUUGUAAUUUUAAUGCCUGAAUCAUAUUCCUGUCAUGUUAGGAAGAGGGAUCAUGAGAGUGUUUGGCGAAACUCUGCUCAUCAUCGCCUGUCUUCAUCUCUACGGUCAAGGCAGUGGACAAUCUGGAACAUGUACACCGGAAAACUGUUUGAACUGUUUGAACAAUACCAUCUUAUAUAACUGCACCAAUGGUGAUCCAAAAAAUUGCAUGAUAGAAGAUUUUAAUGUGACCAUAGAACCCAGUAGCACCCUCCCAGUCGAUGAGGGUUCAGACGUGACCGUGACCUGCAUUCAUAAUCUUACCAACGGCGUCAUCAGCUGGCUGAAGAACGAUGAAUUACAGAAAGGAGAAAAUCAAAAAACAUUUGAGAUCAAGAUUAUUUUAAAGGACACAGACAUCAGCUGUAAUGUUGAAAGUCAUUGUGGGGUCUUCAACUCAACUAUAACCAUUACAGUAAAACUUGCAAAUAACAUGAUGAUUAUAAUGAUUUGUGUUGGGGGAGCGGCUGCUCUGCUUAUGCUGUUUGCCGUAGGCAUGAAGAUCAAGCUGAGGAGAGGACAAGCACAGAAUCAGGCCAGGAAGAGACAAAGACAGCAGAACAUGGAGAACAUCCACAGCACUGUGAACACCGUCACCAGCUACUACUGAGAUUGAGUUUUCCUACAACUGAUGAACCCUGAUUUCGAUCUCGAGUCUAGAGCCAUUUCAUUUCUACACUCAAAAAAUGAGUGUUUGGACUUUUAUGUUACUUCCUGUCUCAAUUGCCAUGUUUGUAGUUCUUUGUAGUUUUUCUUGUUGAUUCAUCUCAUUGUUCCCAAGUGUGUCUUGUUAGUCAAUUGUGUAUAUAUAUAUAUAUAUAUAUAUAUAGCCCUUGGCUGCGUCCAAAAUUGCAUUCUCUUUUGAGUAGGUAUUUAUUUUAUAUAAGUAAUUACUUUGUGACCACUAAAAAAAAGUGUGUUCUAUAUAAUAUGAAUGUGUGUAGUAUGAAUGUAAUCCGUACGUACUACAUCCCCCAUGUUGUCAUUAUCAUGUGACCUACCAGCGUCAGUUGCGUCACUUCACUGCCAUUCAUAAAUCCUCUCCCGUGGCUUCAUGGGAUAGUAAAGUGUCCAUCGUAUGCACACUUCAGAAUCUCGUCGGAAGUAGUAGAUCAUCCGGGACUUUUAUGAGUGCUGUGAAUUCGGAUAUAUACUUCUUUUGUGACAUACUGUUAUGUCACAUAUAGUAGUGACAUAUGCGAUUUUGGAUGCAGCCCUGGUGUUUCUCUUGUUCUUCGUCAGUCGAUGUGUGUUGCCAGUAUUUCCUGGUUCUCAGUGUUUUUGUUUGUGGUUUAUGAUGUUUGUUUGGUUAGUAAAAACCUCUGCUUCACUUAGAUCCGCUUCUGCCAUCUCUUCUUCUCCUGCUUCAUUACAUGUUUAGACUCAUAUAUUUUAACCAAUUGAAUAUUGCUUUUCCACAGCUAGCCAUAUUUAAACAAUAUUCAUACUUUUUAACUGAAUAAAUGUAACUGUUUACACAAUGAACAGAUAAAUGCUUAAAAUAAGUUAUUUGAA